AUGAUUCAAGCUUGUUUUACUGAUAUUGACUCUAUGAGAACAAUUGAAGUAUUCAUGGAAGUUAAAGAAAAGGCAAUAGUGUUUUGCAAUGGAUUUGACGGUAGAAACCAGUUUGAUGAACCUAGAUGUAAAAAAAUAAAAACCAAUUUUGGUGAAAGUACAGAAGUUCAGUCAAUAAGUUCAGUUGAUGAGCGAUUUAGGAUCAAUACUUAUUUUGUCAUUUUAGAUGCAUUUACCAAUGUUUUAAAAUAUCGCUUUGAAGAUUUUUCUAGUAUUGUAAGAAAAUUUGAAAUCCUUGAUCCAAAAAAAUCUUUUGAAGGUAGACCCAGUAAUGAAAUUUUAGUUGAACCCCUUAUAGAACUUUAUACAUUUUAUCAAGUAGAUGUUGAACAAGAAAAUCUUAUUUUGGAGUACAAGUCGUUUUGUUCUAUUUAUAACCAAUUAAUUGCAGAAAUAAAAAAUAAAAAAGUAUUUGACAACAAUAUGUUAAAAUUCAUGAUAGAAAAUGAUAUGAUUUCUUCAUAUCCAAAUUUAUCAACAUUGUAUAAAAUAUAUUAUACUCUGCCUAUAAGUAGUGCAACUGCAGAAAGGUCAUUUAGUAGGUUGAAGCUUAUAAAAACAUACCUCCGUUCUACAAUUGCUGAGGAUAGGUUGUCUAACUUGGCGGUUUUAAGCAUAGAAAGAAAUGUUGCUGAAGAUAUGGAUUACAACAAUGUUAUUGAAACAUUUGCCAAAAUGAAGAAAAGAAGAAAAACUUUUUAG